AGCCCGCGCCCUGCCCACCGGGCCGCGACCCCUCUCCCGCCCCUUUGCCCCGGGCCGCGAGCGACGCCCGCGCGGCGAUGCACUCCGCAGCGGUGCACCUCGCGGCCGCCGCGGCGCAGCCGGCUGGCGCGGGCCUCGACGAGGCCAUGGCGGGCGCCCUCGACGGCGAGGCCAGGGCACUCCGCGAAGCAGCUGGGUGUCCCGAGGCCUGCGCGCGGCUGCUGGCCCUCUUCGAUGCUGGCCCCGCCGCCCGGGCCGCCGCCCUCGCGGCGGUGCGCGGCCGCGUGCCCGAGCUCGCCUUCGACGGCGCUGGCUGCCGGGUGGUGCAGCGGGCGUUCGAGGAGGCAGACCGCGAGCUCGCGCCCGAGCUGCUGGCCGAGCUGGCCGGGCGCGUGCGCGAGGCCGCUCGCAGCCCCCACGCGAACUACGUGAUACAGAAGGUCGUGACCGUCGCCUCCCCCGCGCAGAUCUCCCUGGUCGCCCGCGAGCUCCUGGGGGCCGGCCCGUCGCUCGCCCGCCACCGCUGCGGCUGCCGCGUUCUCUGCCGCCUGGCCGAGCACAGCGGCCCCAGCGCCGUGGUCGUGCGGCCGCCCCCGGAUCCGCAGUGGGCGCCUCACCUCUGCACCGUCACCAUGCCUAGGCCAUCUUGGGCCCUCCUUCUGCUCCUCCUCCUCCUACUCCUCCUCCUCCUCCUCCUCCUCCCCCUCCCUCUUCCUCCUCCUCCUC